ACACCACUUUCUUGUCCCUCAAUUGUCGCCCUUAUCCAUAUCAUUCUGUGCCUUGUCAAACUCAGUAGUCGCCAAGCAUCUUUUCAGCGGUUUCCAUCUACGGCGAACGCACCACAAUGUCUUCCCCGGCGCGUUCAACGCGGUCGAGUCGCGCCUCGACACCAGCAGAUGACAGCUCCUCAAUCGUGUCUAUGGCCCUCGAGUCGCCAGGAACCAGAAUGAGGAAGCUCAUGGCCGCUUUCGACGAUGAAUCAGACGAUGACGCCGGCAUACUCGUCCGACCAAGCACGAAACCAGCCUCUACAACUCAUCCAGCAAACCCCACGCGUCCAAGCAACGCGUCCAAGGAUGAUGAGAAUGAACAAAGUGAAGAGGAGGAUGAGCCAGUCUUCAAGCCGAGGGGCAGAUUGGCUGCCCGGAUGGGAGGUGGUGCCCCUGCUCCUAUUCAUGAAGAGCCUUCAUCAGAGGAGGAUGAGGAUGUCUACCAGCGAAUCCGAAAAGACCUCAUGGCUUCCAAGAAAGCGUCCUCUGUUGAGAAGUCUCCUGUCAAAGCUACGAGCUCAAUUGCAAUGGCUCGUACACAAACACCACAACCCAGUCCUCGGCGUCAGAGACUUCAGAACCGUGCCUCGACCCCGACAACUUCCUCUCGAUCAGAAAGCCCUGGAUUGUUUAUGUCACCAGCCCCCGAGCAAAGACGAUCGACCGACAACAACUCGAACCACUCCGACGACUCAGACUCGGAUCUCCCCUCAGACCCAUCGGCACCCUCCCGUCUGCGCGACCUCGUCAACCGCCGUCGUGCUGAAAGAUUGGCAAGAGAGCAGGCAGAGAAGGAUGCAGAAGAAGAGCGUGCUGCUACUGGACAAGCUCCCCUAUCGGACAUGUUCCAAGAUGAGGAUACCAGAGACGAGGUCACAGAGCGCAGGCUCACACAACAAGCAAGACCUACACGCAAAGCGAGUAAGAAGGCUUUGGAAGAGAUGAACAGAGAGACGCAGAGGAUCAAGAGAAAUAUGCAAUUGACCCACCAGGCCAAGGUCAAAAAGCGCUUUACUGCUCAGGACUUCCUUUCCGCCUUCAAUCGCCCCAAGACAUCGUCUUGUCUUGCAAACGUCACCAAUGCCGCCGACGUAACCUCUUCCUCGCCUCCACCAGAGCCAUUCUCAGAGACUGGCGCCGAGAAAGACCGCGAUACUCCCCCAUCUAGUCCUCCAAGUGUUGACGACUCCCUCAAGACUCUGACCGGGCAGCCGAUGGACACGGCUGCUGAUGACUCGGACGAAGAUCUGCCAUCUCUCCAGGAGAUUUUGUCCCAACCUAGAAAGAAGGUCGACAAGGGUAAGGCUCCUGUUCGCGAAGUUUCGACCAAGCCAAAAUCAGUACCGAUCCGCCAGUUCCGCGUCAAGAUUCCUCCACAAAAUGUCCUCAACAGGCACAAUAAUAACGACGAAGAUGAUGGUCUCGAAAUUGUGCACAAUCCCCUCGCCAUGUUCGACAUAGUACCCAAGACGCAAACUCCUGAAGGAAGAACAAUGUUGAUGCUCAGACACCUUGCUCAGCUUACCGGUAACGGCGACAAGAUCCGCUCCAAGAAGGGUCAGAAGCCAUCCAUUUCUCCUCAGCAACUCGAAAUUCAGCUCCGUCAGCGUGCCCACGAAAUCGCAAACGAGGAACGUGCUGCAAGGCUCGCUGAUUUGCGCGCCAAGGGUAUCGUUGUCUUGACUGAGGAGGAGCGUGAAAGGGAGCAGAUGCAGAUUGAGGAUAUGCUGGGCAAGGCAAGAGACGAGGCCGAUAAACUGCGCAAGCAGGAGAAGGCCACUGCUAGAGCCAAUGGCGAGGAUCUCGGUGUAAGCUCUGACGAGAGCGAGGAUGAAGACUACGUUGGCAGUGACGAAGAAGCCAAGCCUGCAGAAGAGGAGGAUACAGAAGAAGAUGAGGGGGAGAUUGAGCUCUCAGGCUCUGAGGAGGAAGACACUGCCGACCACGACAUGAUCGAUGCCGAGGCUGGUGAAGAUGACGCAGAAGAGCCUGAAGAAAGAGAAGAGCAAAACAAAGACGCAGCACCUCAAGACGAUGAACCUGUACUGCCCAAAGCCCGAAGGGCUCGCAGGAAGCACGUUAUUGAGGACGACGAGGAUGAUGAAGACGAGCACCCUGCAACUCAGCAGAACACCUCGGGCGAUGGUAUCAACGACGAACUUGCAGCUGCCUUUGGUUUCGGACACGCUCCAUCCGCCCCCAUGGGAAUGUCGCAAAUGUUUGCAGGAACCAUGGACGACUCCCAAGGUUCGAACAUGGCCACUCAGGAGCAGGAUUCUCUAGAGAUGCUCCGCCAUAUUCCAUCUGCCUCUAUGCCUUCGCUUCCCCUAUUCGAGGACUCUCAGGACGUCGUGGCAGACAGCCAGACGGGUGCUACUCAGGUUCGUACAUACGAACCUACUCAGCAGAUGGAUCUUCAGUUCCCUCCACCUUCUGCCGAUUCGCCUGCAAUCGACCGCAUGUCCGAAUUUUCGCAAAUCCCUGAUCCAUCCCAAGAUGUCGGCUUCGACCCCAACAUUACUCCUCUCGCCGCAAGAACCCAUGCUCCCUCGUCUACCGUGGACACAGUCUUGCUCGGCGUUCCAGAAUCUCCUGUUGUACAACGCAGAGGUCGUCUGAUGAGACGAUCCGAAGUUUCUCAGCAGGCUGAGGACGACAUAGUGCAAUCUUCAGCACCUGCUGCUGUUGAGGAACCUUCAGAUGCAUUCUCCAUGAUGCGUCAGGCUGCCAAACGUCCAGCUCAACCUGAUUUCGACAAGAAAAAGAGCAAUGCCAAGGAUAUGGUUGACGAACAAGCCGAUGAAUCCGAGGACGAGUACCGCGGUCUCGGAGGUGCCAGUGAUGAUGAAGACGCUGGAUCAGGCGACGAAGAUGACAAGCAAAUGAUCGACGAUUUCGACGUCAAAGUCAACGAACGCGAAUUAGCCGCCUUGUAUGCUGAGAAGUCACGCGUGCAGGAUGAAGCUCAGACCAGCAAGCUGUACAAGGACCUCAUGUCUGGCAACCUUCGACGCAAGCGUGGUGGCAAUGCUUUCGAGCUUGACUCUGAUGAGGAUGAUCAAGUGCUCGAGAGAAGACGUCGCAGACAACGUGAAGAAGCUCGCAAGCGUAAACUCUUGCUUCAAGACGAGACACUUGGUAAACUUGGCAGCAAUGACAAGAAGGAAGCUUUCCUUCGUGCUAUCGAGGACAGAGAUGAAGCUGACGAUGUCGACUUCCUGGAUGGCCAUGACGUGGACGACGAUGUGGAAAUGCAAGACUCGCAGCAGCCUUCUGGUUCUCAGCAGGUACAACCUCCAGCAGGCAACGAAGAACAAUCCGAGGCUUCAACUGGCCUCAAGCGUGCCGCCGACUCUUUCGACCUCUCACAAUCAUCCCAACAGCAACAGCCUCCAAAGAAGAAGUCUGCAGCAUCCCUCCGCCGCUCCAACCUUGCAGACACAUUCCGCAAGCCCAAGUCUCUGGCUGAAGUUCGCGACUCCCUCUCGUUUCUCAUCGAUGAUCCCAGCAAUGAAGAACUUGCUUCCGAGAUCUUGCUCUCCUCCGACGAAGAAAGGGAAGUCUUUCGCGCUGUUUCCGUCGAAAGAGCCCCAGCUUCUGCACGUAGAGUGCCGGCCAAAAACGACAUCAUCGACCGCCUGACACUCAAGAAACAGGCCAGCACCGUCGCCGAUGAUAGCAACCAAGCAUUUGCCACAUCCUCACAAUCCCGCGGUAAUGGCAGCUUCUCUUUCAAGCCCGCUUCGCUUCUGCGCAAGGCAACUACCAAUACUUCAUUCACCGAAAACAGAGCUCCUCCUUCUCUCAACAGAGAAGGCAGUUCGAGUGUCAGGAAUGGCGGUUCAAAGAAGUCGAGUAUCAACUACCAAGCUAGAGAGGCGGAGAGACAGGAGAUUGUGCAAAAGGCGGCCAAGAGGAGAGAGGAGAAUGUCAGAAAGAUCGCUGGGCUCAGACGCAAAGCUGGUGGUGCAUUGGGCGCUUUGGGUAGCAUAGGUGGUGGGUUUGAAUGAUUCAAUGACCGGUACUCGAGAUCUUAGGACGGCGUUUUGAAUUCACCAAGACUGGAAGCUUGGGAAAUAUGUAUGUAGAAGACAUGGCUUUGCUUGACUUUUGUUACAGAGCUGCUGAAAUGGAAUGAAUAGAGUCUCGACAGUAUGUCUCCAAUUCCGCCAGAGUUUCAACUUACAAUAACACCUUGCCUUCUCGCAAUCAUGCCAGCCAACAGCAG